AUGUCUUCAGGCCUGCUCUUCUCCAUUCUGAUACUCUUCGCCGUCACGUGGAAUUGUUUGUGUUUAGAAAUGACUACAGCCAGGUACAAUUUCUUCGAAGAAGUAAAUACAAUCAUUCCGAAAUCCUUAAACAUUAAAAACAACUAUAAUUAUACCAACCGUUAUCGCACCGCUUUAGAUGAUUUCAAACGAAUUCGUAUAACGUCAUUGUCUGCCAAUAAUACAAAAUAUAUUAAACCUACCAAAAAACUCACAAUUAUUAAAACACCGAAUAUAAUCAAAAAUAAAAAUAACGUUACGAAAGUUGCUUUGACAAAAAAUGUCGAUAAUAAAAAACCAUCUUACAUUUCCGUGAGUCAUUCAAAAAACGGUAAAAAUUAUACAGUAUUAUUCAAAACUAAAACUAAUAAAAUUAAUAAAGUAACCCACGUGACAACCCCCAAAAGUAUUAUUUUAAGAACCACAAACAAAACAACAAAAAUUCCUAUUAAAAGAAAGGUAUCGGUUUCAACUAAAACGAAAAAGUCAACUGUUCGUCCUGUCGUCACGAAAUGGAAGGACGCUUCCGACAUGUCGGAAAUCAAACAAAACUGGUACGAAGAAGGCGUACCGUUCCCCAACCCUAACCCCAAUAUCAUUUCAGCAUCCCCAGAUGUCGCUUUAAACCAACUAAGUUCCGCCACUAAUCUAAUUUCUGAUUCAAAUUUACCCACCGCACCAGAACUGAAUUUGAUGCCGGAAAUCAGUUCGUUUUCACCUCCGUACGCUAUAUCAGACGUCCCUGAUUUGUUGCCAGUUAAUCCCAUAGAUACAUAUCAGAGUGAUUCUUCUUCAUCUAACUUUGGACCUCUUAAUACGUUCACUAUGGAUAUAGCGCCAGACGAAGGGGUGAAUUCGCCGUGCCCUUCUGUACAUAUUUCUAGUUCUAUGCUGCCAGAGCAACGUCAAGAUUGUUCCGAUAUUAAUUUGGUGAUAAAUUCACAUGUCCAUCAGAAUUCUGGACAAAACAGAUUUCCUACACCGAGCACGUAUGAUUCAAUUCCUGAAACAGGCGAAGCAGAAGCGGUAGAAGCUGCAGAAGACGAACCAGUAGUCGCGGAUCCAAUAACCGGAAGUGGUUCUAAUGCUGUACAAUCUGCUAAUCCUGCUUCAGCUGGUUCCGGUGGUUCUGGAGGUAGCGGAGGUAGUGGGGGUGACGGAGAUGGAGGCGGGUUCCGUUUCCCGGAUUUAAAACACUUGUUCGAAGCAGUCGGAUCUAGAAGUAAACAGAAGAUCGAGCCAAAAAUUACAAACAAAACGAGGUCGAAUACGAAUACAACAGUGUACGACGUCUUAGACGUUAGAACACCACCGAGAGUUAAAUUCCAAGAAAAACUCAAAAUAAAACAACACGAAAAUUCUCAUCCAGGAGUCGCCAUACCAUUAGACGCCAAUUCAGCUGUUCUAGAAGAAACGACCAAUAAAUCCGAGAAAAAUAUUACCGAUAAAAGCACAACGACGUGGAUUUUACUGAGCGGUCAAACAUUUUCCACAACGCCCAAACCUGCGAACAAUCAUAAUAAAAAACCACCAGAAAAUGUUUCUGCAACACCAGUAGCACAAACAACGACAGCAAAUGUUCUUUCAUUGUUCCCAGCAAUAAAGAAACAGAACAAAAAUAAGAUUAUAAAAGAAAAUGAAUCAACUGAAAUCAAAAAAUCCCCGACGAAGAUUGUUCAAAGUUCAAACUAUACAGAUAACGCUUCGAAUAUUACUCUGGAAGCAAAAGACGCUUCGAUCAGCUUAGAUAACGAACCUACGAAGAAAACUACGUCUAGUAAAAAGAAGAAAAACAAAAAUAAACGUAGAAAACCUUCAGAGAAACACGCCAAUAAUACCGACUUGACAAACGCGAUUAAUAAUCUUAAAGAAGGCACGAUAGGUAACCAACUAUACAGUUAUUUAUCACGGGAAAUAGUUCCAACUCUCGGAGUCGGCUUGGUAGGUCUUGUAGUGACAGCUGGAUUGGCGGGCUAUUUCUUGUACCACCCAUUCGGUCCAAUCAGUAGAGUCGAUACCAACAUCGAUCGUAAAGAUGAUAAAAUCCAUCAAUAUUAUUACAGAGAUAAGUAUUCCGGGGGUAUGCCCGAAGAGGAAGCCAUCGGGGAGGUUAUAGCGGGAAUGUCAAAUAAUUUGUUCUUCAAAACGUCAACUUCCAAAACUCCCCAUCCGAAUAAAGGUUACAAAGCUAUUAAUACCGCCGGAAAGCAUCAAAACAUUAAAGGUUCCGUAGAGAAGGUGCCGUUUACCUUCGAAAAAGUACAUCAAAGGGUCGCGGGGUAUUACGAAGAUAGCACUCAGUACCAGAACGAUUAUUUCGGGACUCCUACGGAAAAAACGGUUUUUGGGGUUGAAAAUAAAAUGGAGGAGUUGAAUCAGGUGAAAAUGUCCGAACAUGGACCGAGAAAUUUGAGAAACAAAUGAAAAAGUUUUAGUAAUUGGAUAAAUCGUUCCCACGCACUAAAAUGAUGACUUUGAAUUUAUAUGUAUCAAAUAAGAAGUUCACAAGUUACGUACCGGAGUAGGGAGACAAAUAAUGGUUUUGGGAUGAAGGAAUAAAUUGAAGAUCUACUGCUGUCUCGUGUCACAAUAUCACUAGUUAUCAGAUUUAGAAAAACUGUGUAAACGGACAUUUUAAUAUCCAAACACAUGUUUACACAGUAUUCUUAGACCUGUAAAUGAAUAUUUAAAUGUUAUUUUUAUUGAAAAAUCGGUUUGAAGUUCUGCAAACAAUGGUAGAUGAAGUCUUUAGAAAUCCCCAAAUUUUUUUUCAAAAUUAUCUUUACUGAAUAUUGAAAACUAUUUUUGAAUCCCUGAAGUAAAAAUUUAUGGAACAAAAAAAUUGACAGCUGAAUUGUUAAAGUAGCAUGCAUGGAACACAAAUAUGUAAGUUCGAUUACCCAACGACCACAAUGUUUUUUUUAGAAUUUAGAUGAUGCUGAUUAAGGUUUAUUGAAAAAUUUAAUAUUUUCUGUCACUGACAGAUUCGAAAUAUAUUAAAAAUAACAAUUCGGACAUUUAAUGUCCUGAUAGCCAAAUUGGUAAGGUAGUGUGCGUACAACACGAAUAGGUGGGCUUGAAAACCCCACAGACCAAUUUUUUCUUUAAUUUUUUAAUAAAUGUUUUCUCUUUGGGGAUUAAUA